CGCUCCGUACCCGGCUGGUUGUUGAUCUUUAGCGAAAGCCGCCAGUGAUGCAAGAUCUUGCUCACCUGCUGGAAACGUGUAAGGGGUGUGUCUCGGCCGGAGUGAAGAGGCUCACUGGCUCGACGCGCGAGCCACGCGAAUCCCUGGUCGGAAUGUGCGGCACGAGGAGAGCGUUCCUGCAGCUGCUGUGUAAUAAAUACGGCAGGAUGCCCAGAUCUGCUUUCUUGUGUCAUAUCGAGCUUCAUCUUAGCUUACACCUACGUUCACCCUGCUCUGCACACCUUUCAGCAUUCUACUCCCGUUUCACCUCCGUUCAUCAAUUGAUCAGCUCUCAAACUCUAAAAUGCUUUCCAAAUCGCUCCUCGCACUCGCGCUCGCUCCUGUUGCGCUUGCACACUUCGAGCUUAAAUAUCCCACAACUCGCGGUUUCGACGAGGACAAGGAGCCAACUUUCCCUUGCGGAGGCUUCGACACAGUAUCAUCGCAGCGCACCGACUUCCCUAUCAGUGGCGGACCUAUUCAGAUCAACCUGGGCCACCAGCAGACCAAUGUAGCUGUGUACCUGGCUGUUGGUGACAACCCAGGCGAUGGUUUCAGCACUGUUCUGUACCCUCAGUUCCAGGUUUCUGGCUUCGGCAACUUCUGCCUGGGCAAUGUCAGCAUUCCUUCGAGCUUGAACGUCACAGCAGGCACAAAGGCCACCAUCCAGGUCAUCACCAACGCCCACGGCGAAGGCGGUCUGUACCAGUGCGCCGACGUCAACAUGGUCAACACAGCUCUUUCCCAGUCAGACUACAGCACGAACUGCCAGAACGGUACCGGCGUCUCAGUCUCCCAGCAGAACAUCUCUGGUAACCCGAACAGCACAAGUAGCACAGGCACAGCAAGUGGAAGUGCAAGUGCAAGUGGAACCGGUGCGGCCGCUUCUGCUACAGCAAGCAGCAAAAGUGGCGCCGCACAGGCAAAGGCUGCAACUUGGGUUUUGGGUGCCGUUGGCCUGGUCAGUCUUGCGAUGUUGUAGACGAUCUGACGAUGGAUCCGGCUUGCCUGGAGCGAGCUAUAGCGAUAAUAAUUAGUUGUUCUGCAUCAAUGAUACCAAUGGCCUUUCUACUGUACAUAAGUAUGGAGAUUUGGUGUGUGAUCGAGUGCUGUGUGAAGAUUCAACCACGGUCCUAGUUGAUGUAAUCGAAGACUCGAGUGAUGCGGUCACCAGGCCGGCCACCUCGAGCGUCCCGUGUUGACACCAGCAUGCAACAC